UGAUCCAGGUCCCAGGAUCUGUCUCCCGUCUGUGUUCGGUCGUGCAUAUUUCGUGUGUUUUAUUUAGUUUUGUUCUGUGUUUUGAGAUUCUUAACAUCAGAAUUUCGGUAGUUUAAUAGCUAUGGUAUCUACAUUGAAUGUGGAAUAUGUGAAAUCGUGGCGUCAAUAGAGAAAUGUUAAGUGUUUUAUGUGCAGUGACAGAAUUCCCGGAACAUGAAGUUUUCUGAGUGGUAGUGUUUGUGUGAUUGGGCCAUAGGCCUGAUAUUAUUUUGAGUGAGUUCGUUAAAAGUCAGAGGAUAAACAUGGCAGAUUUAGAAGCCGUAUUAGCUGAUGUCAGCUAUUUAAUGGCAAUGGAAAAGUCGAAAUGUACUCCAGCAGCAAGGGCCAGUAAGAAAAUAGUCCUACCAGACCCUAGUGUUCGGAGUGUGAUGCACAAGUACCUUGAAAAGAAAAACGAAGUGAAUUUUGAUAAAAUAUUCAACCAAGUCUUAGGUUACCUCCUUUUUAAAGACUUCUGUGAAAACGUGUCAGAGGAGCCUGUACCUCAGCUUAGGUUCUACGAACAAGGUGAGGCAGUCAAACGGCACGAUUCUGACAGUUUAUGGGAGAUGGGGGGUUAG